AUGCCCGACAUUCCAGACGGCAUUCAACACAGGCAUCGUGAUUACUAUUCGGAAAACUCUCCAGUCCCUUCCAUACAACGAUUCUUCCAGAAAGGAAUCUCUGAAGUUAUCGCCAAACGCAAUUCGCCCGAUUCCGAUUCGGACUCUGAUGGUGAAGCCGAUCCUGCUUUAGCAGACGGUGUCGGCGGUGCUUCGUCGCAGUUUGUAGACCCGUCAACCACUCAGGACCAUGCAGUAGCGCCGGACGAAGAUGUUGCUCUGGAACGGCAUAAGCGACAAUCAAGUCUACUCUCAAGCUUCAGAGGCUCGCACGACAGCGAUAAGGACAGUGACCAAGUGCGAAAGUCGGACUCGACCGAGACGCCUUACGAUGCAGACACCGGAAAGGAAGCACACCAAAGCCCUGACCAAGCUGACAGGGCUUAUAAGCGAAGCCGAAAGCCACGCAAGGUCAGAGAUCCCGUCACAAGUCGCGACACUUGGAUUCAUGAUGUAGGCAAGCGAGAGUAUCGCAGUACAUUGGCUCGAGCAGAUGCAGGCGACAAGCUUGGAAAAGAGGAGGUUCUUCGCUCCAACUUGGAAGGCAAUCUCACAUCGAGAUCCUUCCCGCCCUCAGAUCCUUUGCCUUCCAACAUUGCCAGCAUUGAUUCUCGUUUGGUUCCUUUGUUCGGGACCUGGGCUCUCAUCACAGCCUUCCGACUGAUACCGCCCCUGGUCAGUGUUACGCUCAAUGCCUGGCUGCUUUGGUGGGGCUGGCGAUGCUUCCUUUCAGGUGCAGAGGAUCAUCGAUGGCAUCGAGAACGUCGUCGAGGUGAACAGGCGAGGUCGCUUGAAGAGCUCGAAGAAGAUGAAAGGCAGAAUGGACAUGGACAAGGCAUUGCAGAAGGUGCCGAGUGGCUCAAUGGGAUUUUGGAGUCACUCUGGUCUGUCAUGAACCCUGAGCUGUUCUCUUCGUUUGGAGGGACGUUGGAAGAUGUCAUGCAGGCUUCGAUUCCUGGUUUCAUUCACUCUGUCAAGGUGGAGGAUCUUGCUCAGGGCUCUACGCCGAUUCGUAUUACUGGAAUUCGGAUCCUUCCUGAUGAUCGCGUUGACAGUCUCAGGAAGGACAUGCGUAGAGAGCGUAUGGAGCGAAGACAGCAAGAGAAGAAGGUCAACUUGUCAGUUCACGACAAAGAACCUCAGAAGAGGGCCAACGGCGAGUCAGGUGAAGCUGUCGAGCACCAACAAGAGAUGGACGAGGAUCAAGAAAAGAGCGAACACUAUGUCAAUCUUGAGCUUGGUUUCGUCUACCGAGCGAGACCUACUUCGAACAGCGUCGGUGGAAAGAGCCGCAACGCGCAUCUUCUGAUCAAGUUCUGGAUUGGUGCGAGGAAGCUACUCAUGCUACCUUUGCCUGUUUGGGUCGAGAUCAAGGGUUUUGUUGGUAGGAUCCGGCUGCGGGCUCAAUUGACGCCCGAUCCACCAUUCAUCAAGAACGUCACUUUCACCUUUUGCGGCUUGCCACGUGUUGGAAUCGAAGUCGUUCCACUGCACAUCAACACUUCGCACAUCCCAUUCAUCUCGAGCUUUAUCGAAAGUUCGAUCGAUGCAGCAGUCGGAGAGUUUAUCAUGCCAUCUUCGCUCACCAUGGACGUGGGUGAGAUUCUGAUGGGAGACAAUAUCAAGCGCGAAGUCACCGCGCUGGGUGUCAUAGUCGUCUACAUCCAUUCGGCGACUGAUCUGGAGAAGCAAGAUGUUCGCGGGUCAUCCGAUCCUUACUGCACGCUGAGCCUGGCAAAGGUUGGUAAGAUCUUGUACAGCACUCGCGUGGUGCUGAAUGAGUUGUCGCCGCGAUGGGAGGAGAGACAUGUGAUUUUGGUCUCGAGGGAGAAUCUCGACUCGGAUGACAAAGUGUCCAUUGCACUGUGGGAUUCAGAUCGGUUCUCGCAGGAUGAUAUGCUGGGUAGGACAAAUGUCAAUUUGAGGGAUCUGGUCAAGCAUUCAAAUAGGCUAUUCAAGCGUGCGGAUACGUUGAGGGGGCUGGACAGGGAGAAGACGAAGCAAGGGGUCAUACAUUGGAGUUUGGGAUUCUUUGGUAAGGCGCCGUCUAUGCGGAAGGAGGUUGAGGGUCGAAAGCAAAAGACCGACACCGCGAAGAGCAAGCAAACUGACGAGAAAGCAAGAGCUCACGAUGGCGCGACACAUGACGACGAAUCUGAGCAUGACGGGCACGAGCUGGAAAGAGACUCGAUCGAAUCUGGAAGUCCGCUCUCGGAAGAAGCUAUCAACAAAGAGAAUCUCACUCAAACGCGAAACCAACCUACGGACGUUGACUUUCAACCACCUGACCCGAGCUUACCAUCCGGCAUCUUAUCGAUGCAGAUCCAUCAGAUCGCCAACUUAGAAGUCGCUGAUGGGCACAAGUCGAUGCGGCCACGCAAGAAGGACGAGCCUGGCCAAGAUGUCGACAACGUUGAGACCGAGGAUGAUCCCGAGCGUGCACCUUCUGCGUACUGUCGCAUCAUUCUCAACGACGAGAUUGUCUUCCAGACCCGCACUAAAGCACUCAACUCGAAUCCGUUCUACAACGCUGGUACGGAGCGAUUAAUCCGGGAUUGGAGAAGGACGCUCAUCAUGGUCGUGGUAUACGACUAUAGGGUGCGGGAGGCGGAUGCAAUUCUGGGUGUGGUUCCGAUCAAGUUAUCCGAUCUGUUUAAAGAAAGUUCUCAGGUGACGCAAUUUUUCCCGUUGGCCGGUGGUGUUGGCCAUGGCAGGAUUCGACUGUCUUUGUUGUUCCGUCCCAUCGAGCGGACAAGUCGAGAAAAGACGAGAUUAGGAUGGAACAUUGGCACUGUCAGGCUUUUGUCGUCACCUGUGGCCACCGACUUUGAGGAGAGCAAGGGCGCAAGUGCUCACGAUGUGCAUCACGUUAGCUUGCGAGCUUCGUCACUGGCCGGCAGUGCAAAGAUCUCAGCCAACCGAGCCCGUUACGGGGACCGAAACUCUAAGUCUGCAGUGGAAUGGAAGCUCUACGACCAGGAGCUCCCGUUCAAAGUCCCUGCUCGUCGUCGUUACGCAUCACCCUACGUUAUCGAGUUCCGCUCGUUAACUCCACUGGGCAGACGCAAAACAGCCCACAUGUCCAUUGUAUGGCUACAAGAUCUUCCCGAUGACGACGUCUUCGAUAUCCGUCUUCCCAUCUACCGUCCCAAAGCUGGAUCUGACUUCCAUCGUCUACGACAAAACUAUCACUUCUACCAAAACGAAGGGGAAGCAGAAAAGCUAGGCGUGGAAAGAAUCGGGUAUUUGGAAGUGAAAAUGCAGUUCAAGUCUGGGUUGGACAAAAUGCAUACAAAGUUCGAUAGCAAUCCGGGAGCAAAGGCGGUGAUGGACGCUUGGAGGUGCUGUGUCAGUUUGGGGUUGAGGAGUGUGAGUGGUGAUUUUGCUAAUGCUAGGAUUAAUACUAGCGGGUAUUUGGAGGAUGCUGAUAGCAAAGAUGAGGUGCCGGGCGAGGUAUACAAUUCAGAUAGCGAGGAUGAAGAGCAGUCUCAGCCUCAAGCUGAUAGAGAUGGAUCUUCUUCUGAUUCAGGUGAGGAUGAAGAAAUGGAGCAAGGCGGGGUGAAACGGUCUCGCUCACUCAAAGAGAAGUUUACAGAUUGGAAGGCGGACAAGGACGAGUUGCACAGACAGCAUAAGGGGAUCAAACAGUUUAAACCUGUACGUACGAUGAGUUGGUUAGGACAGACGGCUAGGAGUGCUGGUGCGGAUGUAAAAGGGAAGUUCGAUUUGACGGAUAGGCGGGUGCAGGGGGUUGAGACUGAGUUGUAA